CUUCAGGGCUCAACCUCAAAAAUCCAGCUCUCUCCUAUAACUCAUUGAGCCCUUUUUUUUUCUCUCAAUUCCUCUCAUUUCCUUUCCUCCCUACCCAAAAAGAAAAAAGAAAAGCACCAAACAACAAAUUCAAUAGAAAAUCAAAGCCAAACCAAAACUAAAACGGAAAAGAAAUUUAAGAAAUGGCUACACCGCCAGACACAAGCAAAACGGUGAAACUAGAGAGAUACAACAGCUAUGUCCGAAAACUUCAUAGCACAAAACUGCUAAAUGCUUCAUCUAAGCUUCUCUUCCGAGUAACCCUUCUCACUGCUUUAGUCUUGAUCCUCUUCUUUACCAUCAAGUACCCUCCUCUUUCUGAUAAUCCUCAUCAUGUCCCUCCUCACCACCACAGCUUCCUCUCCACUUCUCUUUUCUCCUCCACCUCCGCUGGCGGCGCCGCCUGGGAGAAACAAGUCCGACACUCUUCCACACCACGUAGACCCAAUGGGUUCUCUGUUUUAGUCACGGGCGCCGCCGGGUUCAUUGGUUCCCACUGUUCCCUCGCUUUGAAAAAACGAGGCGAUGGGGUUCUUGGUUUAGACAACUUUAAUGAUUACUACGAUCCUUCUUUGAAAAGAGCCAGGCAAAACCUUUUAACCAAGCACCAAAUUUUCAUCGUCGAAGGUGACUUGAACGAUGCACCGUUGUUAACCAAGCUGUUCGAUGUCGUCCCUUUCACUCACGUGCUUCACUUGGCAGCUCAGGCCGGGGUACGUUACGCCAUGCAAAACCCACAAUCGUACGUAGGCUCCAACAUUGCAGGAUUUGUUAACCUACUUGAGGUAGCCAAAGCAGCCAAUCCUCAGCCAUCCAUUGUUUGGGCCUCUUCAAGCUCCGUUUAUGGCCUCAACACUGAAAACCCAUUCUCCGAACGAGAUAGGACCGACCAACCAGCUAGUCUUUACGCUGCUACCAAGAAAGCAGGAGAAGAAAUUGCCCACACUUACAACCACAUUUACGGUCUUGCCCUUACAGGACUAAGAUUCUUCACCGUAUAUGGUCCCUGGGGAAGACCCGACAUGGCUUAUUUCUUUUUCACUAAAGAUAUUCUUCAAGGCAAGCCCAUUGACAUUUACCAGACGCAGUAUCAGAAAGAGGUGGCGCGUGACUUCACCUACAUUGACGACGUCGUGAAGGGGUGUUUAGGGGCGUUGGACACGGCUGACAAGAGCACCGGAAGUGGUGGCAAGAAGAAAGGGCCAGCUCAAUUGAGAGUUUACAAUUUGGGGAACACCUCUCCUGUCCCUGUUGGGAGAUUGGUCUCAAUACUGGAAGGAUUGCUAAACACAAAGGCCAAAAAACAUGUGAUUACGAUGCCAAGAAAUGGGGAUGUGCCCUUCACACAUGCCAAUGUGACCUUGGCCUACAAGGACUUUGGCUACAAACCCACCACAGAUUUGGCCACCGGACUCAGAAAAUUCGUAAAAUGGUACGUAAGUUAUUUUGGAGUUCAGCCAAGGGUAAAAAAGGAAACUCAACAUACCGAAGAAUCCGGCUAGUAAGAUUAAGCUUCAUAAUCAAUCACAUGGUUGGUCCAAUUUUUUUUUUCUUCCACCCUUUAAUUUCUUCAUAUUUUCUUCUUUUUUUUAGAGUUAUUUUUGUGGUCCUAUUAUGUAAAAAGGAUCAAUAGAUGUAGAUUUGAUGAUAUAGAAAAUGAUAAAUGUAAAAAA